CUAAUCUGGACCAAUCGCGAGGCAGCGCGCGCCGCUCGGAGCCCCGGGUAAGCUUCUUCGGUAGCGGCCGCCGCAGAAACUCCCGGCUCCAGCUGUGGCUGCCGCUGCCGGGAAAGCCGCCGCUGGCUCCUGCGGGGAGAGAGGCGAGAGGGCCCCGAGGAAGCGCGUUGCCAAGGGGACCGAGGCCUCUGCUUGCGUUGUCAAGGAGACGGGGGUUCUAGAGCCCGCCCCCUGUCAGGAGCCAGGCCAGAUUCCGGAGUCCCAGAGCCACACCUGCGGGCGCAGCUGCGGCUGCCAGAGGAUCGCGGGCGGACCAGGUGGUCGUCUCCUUGCAGGGGUCUUCCGGAGCGUCCUUGCACUAGUGCCAGCGGAAAAGGGGUUUCCAGGCACCCAAAGGCAACUUGCACCUUCCAGGGCGAGGGGAAUAGAUCUGCGUCCAUUCAGGGUUCUGGGCCCCUUUGUCUUGAGAUAAUUGCACGUCUGAAGUGGCGCUCGUGGCCAAGAAGCGGGCAUACGAGUGGUUUGGUCACGGGGCGGAGAAAGGCUUUGCUUUCCUGUGCAAUAAGGCCCAUCAAGGUAGCAGUUAAGGUGUGUUUUCCUGGCAAAACACCCCCAAAUCUGUGCUCCACAGUUUAACUUGUCGCUGCAGAGCUUGUGUCCUGUGGUACCCGGUCCAUCCUUCGCGUUGGCUGCCCCCCGUUUUGCACUUCUGACUUUUUUCUUUGCACUCAAUGCUGCUAUGUUUCCAGUCUGCACACUGAAGAACUUGCCGCCCUUUCAGAAGCUCCCUGCUCAUCCUAGCUGAAGGUGGAUUGUGUGGAGUGGAUGCAACCGCUAAGCCCUGCUGCCACCUCCGCUGCCUGAUUCACGUUCCCACCUAUCAGAAGCAUCUUCUUCCUCCUGGGUGAAGCCAAGAGCCCUGUCCUUCGCCCCUUCUGUGCUUGAAGGAGACACCUGGAGCAAGCCAUGCUCUCUGAGGCCCUCCCCUGCUUCCAGUUACUCCGGAUGGGCCCGGCUUCGCCUGGGGAUUCGCCCAACCGGGAUCUCUACACCUUCCGACCUGCUAGACCCAGCUGCACUUACCGGCUGGGCCGCCGAGCUGAGGUCUGCGAUGUCGUCCUGGUGUCGGAGGAGAACCCAGCCUUGGUGUCGCGGAUCCAUGCAGAGAUCCAUGCCGAGAGGGAUUCUGACAGCACCGCCGGGGAGUGGCGAGUUGGCCUGGUGGACUACAGCACCCAUGGUACUUACGUCAAUGCCGUCCGAGUACCCCAUGGCCAGCGAGUGGACCUGAACGACGGAGACCUUCUGACCUUUGGCCACCCCAGCCCAGUCCCUGAGGGCUGUGCCCUGCCACUCCCGCACGGCAACUCCGAGUUCUACUUCCUCUUCCAGAAAGUCCACGUCCGGCCGCAGGACUUCGCUGCUAUCACGGAGCCCAAAGCCCCCUGGGCCGCCUCCUGCGGCUUCCGGCCAGUGCUGCCCUCCGGCAACCACCGCAUCCGCCCUCUGUCCCGCCACUCGCCCACCGCCCUCUCCUGCCGCUCCAAAGCCACCCUCAUCCUCAGCUCCAUCGGCAGCCUCAGCAAGCUCAAGCCGCAACCGUUCACCUUCUCCCUGGGCCGCGGUCGGUGCACAGAACCCCCCGCUCAGCCGAAAACCUCUCGGAACCGGCGCAAGUCGGCUCACACGCUGCUGCCUGAGCUGGAGGAUGAGAUCACGCGGCUGGAGGAGGAGCAGCCCACCCCGGGCAAGGAGCAGCGGCUGGGCGGUUAUGCUCAUUGCCAUAGCGCCUUGCGGCUUCAGCAGAGAGUGCCGGAGGAGAGCCAGAAUUUGCAGGAAGACGAAGGUCCUCCGAAGCUCCACGUCACACCCAGCGGGAAACGUCGCGGCCGGCCCCGGAAGAACCCCCUGGGGAGCACUUGCCAAGUCUUCUCCCAGACUCUGUCCACGUCAGAGCCGUGCGCUGCCCCGAGGUGCCAUCUUCCUCAGGACGAGAUGGUGGAGUGGGUCCAGUGCGACGGCUGCGACGCCUGGUUCCACGUGGCUUGCGUGGGCUGCAGCUACAGCGCCGUGAAGGAGGCUGAGUUCUGCUGCUCCGCCUGCCGCUCGUAACGAGGGUGGCCGCGGCCGGAGAGGCGCCCUCGCCCCUGCCCCCAAAUGGGUAAUAUUGGUGGACUCCAGCAGGACACGCAAGGACUUUUUCCCAUCUUUAAAGUGGGUUGGUAAAAAAUUGCACAAGGAGCGUGUUUUCAGGGACAAGCGAAAGAACAUGGCAGUCUCACUCAGAGGAGGCUGUGAGAAAACAUACCAGACUUUAGCUUCCUUGUGUCAAGGAGUCAAGCCCAUCUCCGAAAACCAAGAGGCCACAUUGCACUGGGGAAGACAUGGAUAUUAUUACAUGGGGAAGUUUCUGGCUAACUCCAGUGCUAGAAGCUGCGGAGGGACGGGACCUCUGGAUGUUGCGAGACUUUGGCUUCCAUCUUCCCCGGCCACGGACCCUUCUGGCUGGGGGCUGAUGGGAGCUGGAAACACCAGGAGGGUCACCGGUUCUCCUCCCCUGAUUUGUGCUGCCCAAGGCCUUCAACUGAAAGGGGCAAGCGAUUGCUUGAGAGGGACAAUCGGGGCAGAUGCACAACGCCACCGUUUACCUUCCGAGGUCUUCAUCCUCUAAACUUACAGGGAAGAACCUGCCGCACUCGGAAGAAACCGCUUACGAACACCUAGCAUGCCAGUUUUCCCGUUGCACAGCGGUGUGUGCAGAACGGCCACCCUCGCAGCAAUAGCCCUGCAGCCUGGGAAACCGCCCACCUUUUACAGGGCCGACCUUGGGAAAAUAUGCAGAGACCCCAGAAGAAGUGAGUUUCUGAGGGUGCAGUAGAGCGGCUGCCUCACCUCAGUCCUCCGGGAAGUUGCCAGUUUAUUGGGUUCGCAUGAAGUAGCGAGACAUUGGAACAGCUGCCGAAGAGCAAUGCCUGCUGUUAACUUAGCUGGGAAGAGAGUCCCGCCCUCUCAAAGCUUUUUACAAAGAGACAAGUAGGGGGUCAAGUGUUUUGAUGAACUAGGUGGGAAUCUUAGGAUGCUAUAUUCCAGAGUAGCAGCUAUAGUUAGGCCUUAACUGGAGGUGAUGGGGCAGUCAGAGUGGCAGUCGCCCAUCUGCCCUGUUCACUUAUGAAGUGCAUGUGUCGAGUUUGGCACCCAAAGGAGUGUGCAAGUGAGAGGGACUUGCACCUCCCGCCAUUUUACCUCAAAUCUGCUUUUGCAUUUUCGUCCUCCUUUGCACCAACACUGGGCUAGAAGGUCACAACUCUUCUUGCAAAUGUGCUCUUUUCAUGUAAAGGGAAAAACAAACAAACCCAGCCUUUCCCCCUUUAGACAUAAACAUGACAGAUGCGCAAUCACUGUAGCUAUCCUUGACGCAUCUAACUUGGCACUUAUGUAGUUUUGCAGUGAAAGCAAGAGUCUUAUGGCACCUUAAAGACUAAUGACAAGAUUUAUGGUGGCGGCAGCACCUUUAACAGGCCAGGUCCCAUUUCAUCAGCUGCACAAACACUAAACCAUGGUUUAGCAAGCAAUAGUUAUUAAACCAUGGUUCAGUAUUAUAUGUGUGAACCAGCAGUUUAUGGUUUGGUCCGAAGUCCUAGUUUGUUGCUGGCUUACAAACCAUGGCUUGCUUUAACUACGGUGUAGGACCUUUCAUGAGCGCAGCAGAUGCUCGCCAAAUUACAAAGGAAUGAGGUAAUAGCAGCAGGGAGACAAAACAAACUGGAGAAACAAGCAAUGUUUGUUAAACAAACCACAGUUUAGUGUUACGUGAGAACUCAGCCACUGUAUGCAUACACACGAACAUGGUGCGCAUGUAUAAUGUUUGACAAAUAGCAGGACCAAAAGCUUUGAGGCACAAAGAGCGAGCGGUGGCUCUGUGUCACUCCGAUAAGCAGCCCACAUAUAGUCACAGCAAGAACAGUGUGACUCAUACUGCAGUCCCUGAACUAUUAUUUUUCUAACAGAGCAUCUCUAGUCCGGAGCAGCUUACGCCUCAAUAAAUUUUUUAGGCAUUGUGGGUUUUCCUAAGGGACGAGACUGAGCAGAUGUUUUUAUACAAUUCAAUAAUAUUCGGUCAUUCCAGUUUCUAGUGUAGGGACAGAAUCCGGUGAUUCACCUGCAAGCAACAGAGGCACAAGCGUUUGCACACUUGCAUAGGCACACACAAAUAAUGCAUGCAGAAGUGUUAUGUGCCUGAACUUCCCUUUAACGGGCAGCAAAAAGCCGGAGCUGUAGCAAAGCUCUUGGUUUCCCCAAGCACCACUGAAAAUGGUGAAAGCCCAACAUCCAGUCCCCAAGGGACGAUGCCCAGGAAACCACAGCCCAGCUUGUGCCCUUUGGGAAGGUGUGGGCUCCAUCUCUUUAGAGCCAUUACUCCACGUUCUGAACUAGAAGCAAGCCCCCUUCUUUAGCAAGCCAAGGAUGCAAUGGGGCACAGCAUUGUGCCAGAAGCAGAGCAAUGAGAUUCAGGGAAGUUGCAAAGGCUCUGUAAAAACAGGGGUGGUGCCCCUUCUUCAACUAUUGCAUCAUGUUGCUAGUCAGCCACAGAGACCGCACACUUGCUUCUGCCACUGCUAGUGGGACCAAAGGCUAGCAAUGUACCUGCCAAGGAAUCUGCCUUCUGAAACGCUGAAUCAGAAAUAAGCUAACGCAGUGAACUUUCUGCAACAUAACCAAAGACUCCUGUAGUUUUUUAGGGAGGGGGGUUUAUUCCUGCAAGUGUGUUUUGCCAGUUUGCUUUAUUCACAGUAGAUGGAAGGACUUGUCCUUUUCCUUCGCUAGGGCACCCCUCCUUUUUUGAACCAGGCGUGAUCACAGUAAUUGAAAUAAACCCAAACUGCAAAA